UUCACACAUUUUUUACCUAAUAAUUACAAAAAAAAUAAAUAAUAAAAUAUAAUUGUGUUAUGGUUUUGGUUUGGUGUCGGUGAUUCUCCUCAUGGUGAUAGAGUGAUCUCAGUCAUGGAUAAGGCUUUGGCGUUGUUGGUCCUCUUGGCAAAUCUGUUGGUGUUGAAAUGUCAGGAAGAGGAACUGAUAGCAACUAAUGAUGAAACCCAGACAUCCACAGGAAAUCCAAAUUAUUCGUUCAGUUAUGGCGUGGCCGACGGCAGCACCGGCGACGUGAAGGCGGUGUGGGAGGAGAAGGAUGGUGACACUGUUAAAGGUCACUACAGUGUGCUAGAACCAGACGGCUCUAUGCGGACUGUAGAGUACUCAGCCAAUCCAAAGACCGGAUUCCAAGCUGUAGUUAACAACGAUGGCGAAAAAGUUGAACAGAGCGUCGGCCGCGCCAUGGAAGACAAGGCUAUGAGGGACUAUGGCAAAUUCUACGAUUUUUCCGAAGAACCAGAGUUUGAUUCCUACACACCAUUUGAUAAGAAGAAAAAUAAACACCCCUUUGACACGGUGUUCAAAGAUUAUUCAGCCAAGAAAAAGCCCAAAUACCCAUCAGAUCUAGAGUCCAGCGAAUUUUCUCACAGUAUCAGCAUAAAACAUCCGCAUGAUGAAACCGGUGCUCACAGUGAAUCUCAUUCGCAUUUUGGAUUAGAUCUAGACCCGCAUUGUAAAAACAAACAUAAGAAGCCGCUUAACAGCCUAUAUACCAACGUGGGCGAGGAGUUAAAAUAUCCUUCGUUUACACAUGAUCCUUUCAGGGAUAAUUUUGAAAAAUUCGAACCAUCAAACCUAGAAUUCGAAAAACUAAACCCAUAUGGCUUAGGAAAGCUGCCAAAAGAGGGACCAAGUAUAGAUUACAGCAAACUGUUGAGCCCAUAUUCUAUUGGUGAAAUCCCAAAUUUUGAAGAUUUCAAAUCUAAGUAUAAGUAUCCUUACAUUCCCGAUAUACCUACACCAGAGAGUUUGUACCCUGAUGAUUUACCGCUACGACCUAAGAAAAAGUAUAGACCUCAUAAGAUUCCUGAAUUAUAUUCAAAUGAAGAUCAAGAAGAAUAUUGGGUACCAAAGAAGAAGAAGAAGACUCCACCCAGAUAUGAGCCGGAUUAUUAUCCAGAAGAUGAAGAGUACGAUCGACCACGAUACCCCGAUGACGACGAUGACCGACCCUCGCGCCCGUCCAGGGAGAAAGGGAAAAAGAAAGAAGUAAUUCGAAAAAUUGUAAAGAAAAGAAAACCAGGCUUUAAUAUACUAGAUAUUUUGGAUAUUUAGAUUAGAGUAAAUACAAAUUAGAUUACUAUGUUGCUUUGCAUUUGACUCUGUUAUCAACACGGUAGCAGAUACGAAUGUUGGUGUUGAUAAAUGGCUGAUGAUAGUUCCAUUUAAUAAUUUAAUUUUUAUUUAUUUUUAAUCAUG